GCCGCUGCCCAGGGGGAGCUGCGGCGCUGGGGAAGCCUCACCUUCGCGAGGCGUAAGCGCUCGCUGCGCCCGGUGUGGCUCGGAGCUGCUCGGCCGGAGGGGACUGGAACCUCGGCGAGCGGCGGGAGGGAGCUGGGGCGCUGGGGCCGGCGGCUCCGCUGGCUGUGACAGCCGUCCGGCGGCUCUCAUGGCGGCUGUCUGCAGAAAUGUGAAGAUACAGCUCAGAUGUAUAACAGCACGUUUUGCAUUAAGCUCUGUGGAGUGCCGGGGCGGUGGUACAGCUCCGCACCGUGUUGCGUGGGGCUCUCACGCAGGAGCGGGCCCUCGGGGUUCUGUGCGAGGCGGCUGAGGACCAGAGGCGAUGCCGGGAGGGGACGGCCGCCGCUCUCCGCGCACUGGCGGGUGCUUAUUUUGUCUUAAAAGCAAGGAGGUUGCCAUGGGUGGGCUGACGUUGGGUCUGACCUGCCCUCGCCGUGGUGGUUGCGGUGCGUGCCCUCCCUGCCGCGGCCGGGCGGUGGCACUGUGGUCUGGCAGCGAGCGGCCGCUUCUGCACAACGCGCCAGGCGACGUUCCGGACAGGAGAUUGAACUUUGUUAGCGCGGUGUGUCUUCUGUUAGUCGUCUUUCGCAGGCUCUUGAGCAGUAGCUGCGGCGUUUUAGGGGUAUAAACGGGAGAGGCAGUGUCAGCUUCAUGCAGUAAUUCUACCAGGAAAACUUGGUGUGCAGCUGAGGAAGUUGCACUGUGUGAGAGACGGAAUGACUUACUGUCUGGUUUUUGUCAUGGAACGGAAGGGUAAAACAGGCCCUCUGACAAUAAAGGAAACUAUAUUUACAGUUCAUUUUCCUUCAAACUUGUUUACAAAUGAGCUGCCUUUCUGUUUGUGGAAGACUUGCUUUCCUGAGGCUGCUGUUCUUCUAACACAUUGAACAUCAUCUAUCUUCCAGGUUUUCAUGUGCCUGGUGGGUUAUAGUCAUGAGGCAAAUAGAAAUCGAACCUAAUGUGGAAUCGUGAGCAUCAAUUAGUGCUAAUUAGAGCAUUAGGAUGACAAAGUUUCCCUCAUAUAUACAUUAUGGUGCUGAAACUCAUCUGUCUUACUCUUCACAUUAUUAAUAUAUGAGUGAACUUUAAUAUUUAAUAAAACGUGGAAAUAAGUGGUGAAUUUAAAAGUCAUUGUUAAUGAAAUCAAUGUUUUAUGAAAACGCCAGAGUUCUGCCUUUUAAAAUAUAUUCACUGGGAUAUGAAAUACUUUAAAACCUGAGUUGAUGUAGCUGAUACAGUUUGAGAGUGUAAGGCAGCUCUGACACAUUAGCUGUCUUUUGGAACUCUUGGUACUUUGCAGUUGUUUUGGUGAAGUCUCUGUGAGAGGUCAGUGGCCUCACAGAAGCUGAAAGGAAUAAAUGUGGCUGCAACUUACGAGUUUUUAGCAGUACCAAAAACACAGUGAAACCGUAAGGACCGAAGCCACAAAGCAGAACAGUAGGGAUGCUGGCACGCGAGAUCAAGAAACUAUGUUUCAGAAUCUGAAGCAUGCAAACUGGAACCUGUACCCUUGGAUUUUGGGGAUUACCAUCCGCUGAAACCCAUUAUGGUUACUGAGUCCAAGACCAAGAAAAUGAACCGGAAAGGAAGCACAUCUUCUACCUCUUCUUCUUCUUCUAGUUCUGUGAUGGAUCCAUUGAGCAGUGUGUUGGAUGGUACCGAUCCCUUGUCAUUAUUUGCAGCAGCUGCAGAUCCUGUGACAGCUACUACUGCCAUGGACAGUACACGCAAGAAACGGGAUAAAGAUGACAGCUCAGCAGUAGGAAGUGACUUUGAACCCUGGUCGAGCAAACGUGGGGACAUCCUUGCUAGAUACACAACAACAGAGAAGCUUUCUAUUAAUCUGUAUAUGGGAUCUGAGAAAGGAAAACCUACAACUACUGGCUCAGCAGUUUCUGAAAAAGUGAGGACAAGGUUAGAAGAACUGGAUGAUCUGGAAGAGGGGUCACAGAAGGAGCUGUUGAAUUUGACUCAGCAGGAUUACAUGAACCGAAUUGAAGAACUGAACCAAUCUUUGAAGGAUGCUUGGUCCUCUGAUCAGAAAGUAAAAGCUCUGAAAAUAGUCAUCCAGUGUUCUAAGCUUCUUUCAGACACAACAGUCAUCCAGUUUUAUCCAAGUAAAUUUGUUCUAAUUACAGAUAUCCUUGAUACUUUUGGGAAGCUAGUGUAUGAAAGAAUUCUGUCAAUGUGCAUGGACAGUCACAUCUCUUUGCCAGAUAAUUUUUCUCCAGACAGUGUUAAUGAUACAGCUAAAGAAACCUGCUUAAACUGGUUUUUCAAGAUUGCUUCGAUUAGAGAACUCAUUCCCAGAUUUUAUGUGGAAGCAGCAAUACUGAAGUGCAAUAAGUUCCUAUCCAAAACGGGGAUUUCGGAAUGUCUCCCGCGCUUAACGUCUAUGAUUAGAGGCAUUGGAGAUCCACUGGUUGCAGUCUAUGCAAGAGCAUACCUUUGCAGGGUUGGGAUGGAAGUGGCACCACAACUCAAAGAAAGCCUUAAUAAAAAUUUCUUUGACUUUCUUCUAACAUUUAAACAAAUCCAUGGGGAUACAGUUCAGAAUCAGCUGGUAGUACAGUGUGUGGAGAUUCCUUUGUAUUUGACUCUAUAUUCUCCUGCUAUAGACUGGAUUUUACAGUGUAUUGCAUACCGUGCUCCUGAAGUUCUGCUUACUGAGAUGAUGGAGAGAUGCAAAAAAUUGGGGAAUAAUGCUUUGCUGUUGAAUUCAGUAAUGUCAGCAUUCAGAGCAGAGUUUAUCGCUGCAAGAUCUAUGGACUUCAUUGGCAUGAUUAAAGAGUGUGAUGAAUCUGGAUUCCCAAAGCAUCUCCUCUUUCGCUCCUUGGGCUUAAACUUGGCAUUGGCUGAUCCUCCUGAGAAUGAUCGCCUUCAAAUAUUAAAUGAAGCCUGGAAAGUAAUAACAAAGCUGAAGAACCCUCAGGAUUAUAUCAACUGUGCUGAAGUGUGGGUGGAAUAUACCUGCAGACAUUUUACGAAGCGAGAGGUCAAUACAGUUUUGGCUGAUGUUAUCAAACACAUGACUCCUGAUCGAGCAUUUGAAGAUGCUUACCCACAGCUACAGUCUAUUAUUCAGAAAGUUAUCACCUACAUCUAUGACUUCUCUCUGCUUUUUUCAGUGGAGAAAUUCUUGCCAUUUCUGGAUAUGUUCCAGAAGGAAAAUGUUAGAGUGGAGGUUUGCAAGUGCAUUAUGGAAUCAUUUAUUAAGCAUCAGCAGGAAUCUACAAAGGAUCCUGUGAUACUCAAUGCUCUGCUGCAUAUCUGCAAGACGAUGCAUGAUUCUGUGAAUGCAUUAACACUUGAGGAUGAGAAAAGGAUGCUAGCAACUUUGAUAAAUGGAUUCAUAAAAAUGGUUUCAUUUGGCCGUGACUUUGAGCAGCAGCUGAGUUUCUAUGUUGAAGCCAGGUCAAUGUUUUGCAAUCUGGAGCCUGUGUUAGUCCAGUUGAUUCAUUCUGUGAACCAACUAGCAAUGGAAACAAGAAAGGUGAUGAAAGGAAAUCAUUCCAGAAAGACUGCUGCGUUUGUCAGGGCUUGUGUUGCCUUCUGCUUCAUUACAAUUCCAUCUCUGAGCAGUAUUUUCACACGUCUUAAUCUGUAUCUACACUCUGGACAGGUUGCUCUGGCAAAUCAGUGCCUUUCACAAGCUGAUGCAUUUUUCAAAGCUGCAGUGAGCCUUGUUCCUGAAGUGCCAAAAAUGAUCAGUGUGGAUGGAAAGAUGCGACCUUCCGAUGCCUUCCUCCUGGAAUUCCUCUGCAAGUUUUUCUCCACGUUAUUAGUUGUUCCGGACCAUCCAGAACAAGGAGUGUUGUUUCUUGUGCGAGGAUUACUAAAUGUGAUCCAGGAUUAUACUUGGGAGGAUAACAGCGAUGACAAAGUCAGGAUUUAUACCAAUGUUUUGCAUCUGCUGUCUGCAAUGACUCAAGAAGCAUUUAUCUACCAUGUAGAUAAAGUUGAUUCCAAUGAUACCCUGUAUGGUGGAGACUCCAAGUUCCUGGCUGAAAUUAAUAAACUGUGUGAAACAGUGAUAGCACAGAUCCUGGAUCAUCUGAAAACCCUUGGAAAAGAAGAGACCCUAAAGCGACAGAGCCAGCUGGCAUUCUACUUCUUUAACACCAUUCUAGCUCAUGGGGAUCUACGGAACAACAAACUAAACCAGCUUUCAGUCAAUCUCUGGAAUCUUUCUCAGAAACACGGCUUUGCUGACACCAAGACUAUGGUGAAAACUCUGGAAUACAUCAAGAGGCGAAGCCAACAACCCGAAAUGAGUCACUUCACAGACUUGGCCCUUCGGCUUCCUCUGCAGACCAGGACCUGAUAAAUGCCUCUUUUCCAAGGAGUCAUCUGUAAAACAGAGCGUGUAGCUGAGGCCAAAAGUGACUGAUCUAGAUUUUGACUGGAGGGGUUCAGUGUAUCUUUAGUUUACUUAGUGUAACAGAUUUACUUGGACACAGGUAAAGGUAAAACUGUUGUGGGUGCAAUAAUUGAACAAGUAUUUCUGUUUCCAGUUUUACCACUAUACUCUCAUUUUCAAUGCUGAUUUAGAUUCAGUAAAGGGUGUUUUGAACCUCUGUGGUUGCAAAAGCCUUUAGAAAUCUACUCUGUUGUCAUUUUAGCAACAAAGGAAGAUUAACUGCAAAGAUCAAUUCACAGCCUCCAAACUUCAUCCCACUUGCAGAAUAGUCUUUCUCCUGUUGAGAAAGCAGCAUUUCAAUACAGUAACCUUACCAAGUUGUCUUCCUGCUUUGGGAUGCUGCCAACAUUUGCAUGGUCAGUUCCAGCAGAAGAUAAAAAUGGACAAGGUGUUCCUGUUCUAAUUUCUACAAUACAUUUUCACAGACAUGUUUAUGCUUUCAUUUUAGUUCAAUGGCAUUUUGUGAAGUAGAAGGAAUCUUUUAAGUGCUGUCUACAGAGGAAAAUGGAAAUGUAUGCAAAGCACUCUAUAUUCUCAAAGUACACUAUCAUUGAAUAAAGCAAUUUGCAGUUCAUCUGUUUGUUCUGGGUGAGUUUCAUUGCAUAUACAAAUGUAUCAUCAUACCCUUGUGGAAUUUACUUACUUGUACUGCUGUUACACCUAAUAAAAUUUCACUCUCACUACUUCUGUCCCAUGGGAAGGAAUCAUGUUGAACCCUUUCAUCUGUUGCUGCUUUUGCUUAGUAUUUUAAUGACCUAAAUCCUUAUAUGGAUAUUAAGAUAUAUUGUUGCACAAAAAAUGUUUUAUUUUCUGAAGGCUAAAGAAGUAAUCAGUUUUGCUGGAUAGAACCAUGUAUUUGAGGAGUUAGCAAGCUGAUAAUAAAUACCACUCAAAGUUUGAAA